ACUCUCCCCACUCACACAUCCUCCCCCCAACCUUCCAUAACAAUAAUUUUUAUAACGCUCUCAGCCAUGAACUGACGGAUUGUUGAGUUUUGAAAUAUUUGAUUUCUCGGUAAAUAGCAUAUCACACCCAAUAAUUCUCAAUUAUCACCAACUAUGCCGCGACCUAAGAGAACACGCGUCGCGUCGACUCGAACAGUCGCAAAAGCCAAAAGCCCCGAACCCGUUGUGGUACCGAAACAACCUGCCGAAACCAGCUCUGAUAUAUACGAUGUGAGUGACCGGGAAAAGGAAAAGGCAAAACAGAGACGUGAGUCGAUGCGCGAUGCGAACACUAUUACGCGCACGCGAUCUACAUCUUCACACCAAUUGAAGGCAUUAGAGGUCGCGCGACAGCAACGCGACUCUGCCAUGGAUAGGCUAGAAAACAUGACUUCGACGUCGAGCAGUCGGGCAGAUGAGCCCGGAGAACCGUCAGAACAUUCGGUCGAAUUGGGGCGCAAAGUGGCCGGGACCCCGCAACAGAGGAGAAUGGCGGACAUGUCAGGACUGGACUUGGAUGAUUCAGACUUUGACGACUUGAAUACAACAUUUGAUACCGCAGGUCCAGCAAGUGCGCAGCGAUCAGCUGACACGUCUACUAUGUCCGCCAGUGUUUUUAAACGACGGCCCCGCGCGGGAAGUUUUCUAAGUAGGGAGGAUGGUUACAUUCGUCCUAGCAGCCGGACGGGUCCCAACACGCCUGGUUAUAGCUCGACAUUUAACAUCGGCAUGUUUAAGAGGAGAGUACGAGAGCCUAGUAUCCUUGGUACUGCCCAAAAGCCACGUCCUCAAAGAUUAGAGCCCGAGCCCGAGCCGGAAUCUGACCAGGAUGAAGAUGAAGAAGAAGAAGCAGCUGAUGAAGAAGGGUUUGCCCCUGAAGCCGAAUCAACCCCGCUUAAGCCUUCUAAGAGACGUUCCGGAGAGGUUGAGGCUGGUCCAGUGUCGCCGCAGGAUUUACCACGCGCAAAUUCGCGUAAGCGAAAAUCCUCAGAAGGUCAUGAACGCCGCGCAAGAUCGUCCCCAUUUGAAGACAAUAAACCCGUCGAGGAUCCCGUAGUACAGGGAUCAGAUUCAGAGUUAUCAUCUCCCCCAUCUACUCCUCCACCUCGACAACAGAGUAGUAGGCCCGUAACACCCAUUAUGGACGAGGAGCUCAUGGCGCCUCCAUUAAGUAGCGGCUCCUCCCAGGAAGACCCAGAGGUCUGGCCGCCUCUCCAGUCGCUCACGCGAGCUCGCCUGAGACGGCCGGCCUCUGUCCUCCGAAGGACCCCAGUUGCAAACGAUAAUGUCUCCGAUAUCUCUUCGCCGCCCUCCUUAACUUACUCUCCAAAUUACCGCGAGUCUUCUCCGCCGCCGCAGCAGGCCGCAAAGACCAAGCGCAAGGGUGCCUCCAAGCCGGAGCCUAAAGUCACGACUGCAGAUUUAGCGGGCUUGUUACCGCGUCGGCGCCGUAGACACGCUAGAGCCGACGAUGAGGAUUCAGAAGCAGAGGUUGACAUAUCCGGCCUGGGUGAUGAUGACGACGAGCUCUCUUACCUUGACAUUCGAGCCCGACGACACCCGGUGCGGCCGGGCUCCCGAGCAGGACAGUCUAGGAACCAGAAUGCGGGACGGGCGCGUCCCACUUCGCGCGGUAAGACCGCAAAGCAGACUCCCAGCACUAAUAGACGUACUACGAUCACGUAUGGCCGGACAUCAGACAAAGAGAACCAAGGGGAGUCCGAGGAUGAUGGAGCAGAAGAAGGCGAGGCCGACGAGGAGCAGCAGGAUGGGGAGGAAAGCAGUCAGGUCAUGGUCUCGCGAGUGGGCGAGGAGCUAAAGAACGCAGCGCGCAAGUUCCAGGAGGUGGAUAAAUGGCAGCUCGACUACGAGGAGAUGACGCAGAGUAGUUCACCACGAGGCGCUCGCUAAAUUCGAAAAGUAUCUUAUUGUUAUUCAAGGAGUAUAGGAAAAGGGGUUUGGGAGACUGGGGUUUGAGGGUUGAAAGUUGUCCGGUCAUGAUGCAUGAUGCUUAGCAUGGGUCUUCAUCAAGUUGCUAGGUAGGUGUUUUACAGUCGGCUAUGCUUAUCGCUUUGGAAGGGCUAGGGGAAUCGAAUGACAUGAAGAUCGUAUACUAUUUGAGUGAUAUGAUAGCUCGAUACCUCAAUCAAUGCCAGCCAAUCCAUCUGCAUUUGCUGCUAUACACCAUAAUUUUUCAUACCAUGUUAUCCCUUUUGAGCAUAUGAUCAUGUAUCAAACCGUUCACUUGUGAACGUAUGCCUUUCGGGAGCCAAAGCUCUACUCAUGCCCAAC